AUGGUCAAAAGUAUCCAAGGUGUGGCCCCGAGAAAAAUUUACAAGAGAUAUAAAAACUGUCUGUCCCUGUCAUGUGGAUCAGUACUGGCCAGGAACAGAGUUGGGCGCUUGGCCGUGGGAGGGGGCUCUGAGCCCUGGCCCUGUGCACUGUCCCUGCAGAGGCCGCAGCCGUAUUGCACAGAGGUGACUGAUGUGAUCGAGGGCGAGCCGCCACUCUGCGAGGAGACAGAGGAGCAGCAGGAGACGCAGAACGUGUGCAAUGAUGCACCGUACCUGCUCGUGUCGGAGGAGCGAUACCGAGGAGGCCUUCCUGCCCAGGCCGGGGGCUGCUGCCCCCGCAAGGGCAAUCGGGUGCGCCUGGUGGUCAGCGGGAACCACCUGCAUGGGGACAUUGUCCUGCACAGGCCUCCCAAGAGUCCACGGCUUGCAGAGCACACUGCUCCAGCCCCACAGAGCUCACCGCAACCUGAAGGCACAGCUGAAAUGGCCAGAGCAGCAGAAGGGCCGCUGCCCUCUACUCCGCCUCCUGCACAGGCGCCAAGUCUGCAGGCACGACCACGUGUCAUCCCAUGGCAAAUGUGGCUUCUGAGCCUAUGCGCCAGGACCUCAAUGGAAUCUGAGGUGGCACAGCUUGCAGUUGUUCAAGGACAGGAGCUUAACUUGCCCUCCCUGCGCCAUAAGUUAAUAUUCUUCUUUGCUUUCUGUGUUAUAAUGUUAACUUUACUUUACAUUUGUCUGUAUUUAAUUUGUAUUCAUACAUUUUUUGAUUAUUUUUUAGUCCUUAUCUAUGUUGAGUAUUUUUAGGAA